CCUAAUAAAACGCAUGGUGAAAUAAUACACAAGUAUUAGACGGGCAACAGUGUUGCACAAGUACAGAAUUGUAUUUUAAUAUCACGCAGUUGCUUUCCUUUGCUUCCCUCUACGUCACUUCUGUCGGAGAGCGCCUUCUUGUAGCAUGGUUGUCAUGGGAACAGAGUUCUAGCCAAACAGUGCUUGCGGUCUAGAACGGUCUUAAAGCACACCUUUGAGGGUUUCUCUUGUGAGCCUCAAAACUGUGAUAAAUAUUUUAUGACCGUUCUGUGUUACUGUCUUUUAUUAAGUUGACUGUAACAACCCCUAAGAGCCAAUGAAAGUAUUGCAUAGUUGUGCUGGUGAGGAAAAUCUCGAACUCGACCCCCUUAAUUGUAAGUUGUUUGUUAUUUUAUAGCCUUGCUUGUUAUUUUAUAGCCUUGCUUGUUUUGUUCUGGCAGCCUAAACCUAAAGUAACGUUCGCUACUUGUUGUGUCUGUCCGUUGCUGUCGUUAGUAGCUUCGUUAGCGAGUAUACUGUACAGUAGCUUACAAGAGAGCAAUGCAAGAGCAAUCUUUUUAUAAUAGCUAGAGCAAGCUUUCUAUGAUGACUUAAAUACUAGAUCAAAUGCUUUUGCAUUUUAUGGACAGGUCAGAGUUUGUAAACAUGAUUAGAUGAAUCAAAAAAAGUUAACUAUCUAGCUGAGGCUUGGUUGCUGCAUAGUUAAAUAACUUAAUCUUAAAACAUUUUUGACAGUGUCGGUCCUUACAAUAAAUGAUAGCUUGUUGUCUCUAAACUAUUUUCAUACCAACUAGCUGACUGUACCUGUGUUAACCAUAAUAAUUGAGUGCCUUGAGAUGGGUGUUUUUUCUCUGCACAGAUUUAACCCUGAUAGACUUAUUUUUAAAUGGACAUCUUCAAUGAACGGGAACAGGAUGCUUUUGACGUGCUUAAUGAAAGAAAUGUGGAAUUUGAGGACACAGAAUGGGACCAGAGCUUUCAACUACCUGACAGAGACCAUGUCAAUCUCCUUCUGGAUAUCAGCGAGGACAUCACAUCCAAAGAACAGGAGCCGUUUGAGUUCCUCUGUCUCUCCGGUUGGGAGGAAGCUAUCCAGGGCUGGGGAAGGACUACUCCACUUGGCUGCCUAAUUCAGACACAGAGGAGAGAAAAGAGGAUCAAGACUGGAGACACAGACCACCACCAUUGCCUGUUAUGUAUAGACCUUGUGAAGCUCUCAGAGCCCCAUGAAUCUGAGUUCAUCUCAACUAAAUUCCCAGAGUCCUCCUGUGACUCCUCUCUGGAACCUCUGGAGAAAGAUGCCUCAACGGUCCUAGGAGACUUCCUGAACAGCUCUUCUAGUCAUACCUCUACUAUACCCUCUUCAAAGAAGCCGCCCCCAACAGAGUCCUUUCGGGACCUCCAGAAAGCCGCACAGAAACUGACGCUUCAAGGCAAGACGGUGGAGGAAAACGAUGAGCUGUGUGAGACGAGUAACUUACUGUUAGGCUUGGCUUCGUCUCAGGAGCACCACCUCCACCACUCAUUCUCACAGUGUCCCAUAAGGGACAGACGUGGUGAUAUGACUAUGAUUCUCAACAGCUUUGCUAUCCUACCGCCUGUGAAGACCUGCCAGCUCAGGCACCAGAGCCUCCCCAGCCAGCUCCAGAGGGGUGCAGCUAGCCGGGGACACAGUGCUAGGUCUGUAGAUACCACGCCUGCCAGGGAGAAUACAGGAGGUCUGGAGAGGGGAGAGGAGAUGAGAGACACAGACACGGUCCCAUACAAAGAAACAGUGCCUGAUGACACCAACCAGGGACCCCUCACCUACAAGUAUUGGCCGACCAAACAGAGCCCCCAUUUACUGCCUGCUUUCAGUGGCCGCGUCCCCAAAAGAUGUGACAUGUCCAUCAGUACACUGGCUGAUCCUGUACCCUGUGUCACCUACCCCCUGGACAGACACCUCAGACAGGACACUCAGACCAGUAGUGGCCAUAGACUAUACUUUGGACUGAAGACAAAGAACCUGAAGCAUUCGGAGCCCCAGCUGCCCAUUCUGUUUGGGACCAGGGUACCUGUCCCAGCCUCGAUACAGAGACUACUCUGAACAGAGAACAUUGCUCUGCACUCUCCAUAAUCUCUUCCAUCCCAAAUGCUCAUUAUUUGUGAGUUUAUGAUUAAAAGAAGCUUUCUGCAAGAUGCCUUCAAAUAGAUAUAUGACCAUUAUAAACUCUGUUAAAUGAAAUGAACUUGGUUCAUCACACUAACUUACAAUUGAUCUGAGUUUACAGUUUGCUAUUAUUGGGAUUUUUAGGCUAUACCUAGUGUCAUCACAAUUCCUUACCAGCUUAUGUUUCACACGCUAAUUAUAAGUUUGGGUUUUGUUCAUCAUCACUGUGAUACUCCAUUAAACUAGGCAAUGCAAAAUGUUCCAGAUAGACGGAAUACAUUUUAUAGACGUGUCAUUUUAAUUGGUGAACACUGGUUAUUCAGAGGGAAAUUUGUUAGGCCUUCCACUCCGUGCACCCACAUAGGAAUUUAAAUAUUUAAAAUGAAGUGAUAAAUUAAAGAAUAUGUGUGUAUGAUUAAAGCAGAGCUUACUUCUACAUUUUGUAGGUGAUUUUCUAUUCGUGCUCAUUGAGUUUUUGUUCACAAUUGAGCUUUUAGUUAACCAGAAAGUGUGCUACCUUCUCUACAUUUUUGUAGGUCUGGUGCUUGGAUUCUAGCAUGUUAAACUUUAAACCACAGCCAUUCUCAUCUCAGAACCCCUCUGUGCUCCUCAGUAUGACAGAAAUAUCCUGAGACUUUGCCAAAGCAUCUGCAUUUACUACCAACAUGAAAUGGAAUGAAAAGUCAGUGAUUAUAAGUCUGUUCCUCAUUCAAAUACUUGCUGGGUGUGACCCCCACUAAAAGAUUUGUGUAGCAUUACUAGAUUUACUGACCAUAGUACAAGUAAUAAAACCUGUAGUACAAUCACCUUUACUGCCAUACAGCCAAUGGAAAACUGUGAGUGAUUUGUAGCCUAAAAUGAACAGUGUCUGUACAAUGUGGAGUAUGGUGUUGUAUGUAAAACCUAAUAAAAUAUUUGAUUUGACUGUA